AUGGAAGAUCAUAGUGCAAAAAAAGGCAAGACUUCCCAAUAUGAUGAUGAUCGGAUCAGCCAGCUUCCCUGCAAUGUUCUCAAUGCCAUCUUUUCGUCUCUCACAAUGAGAGAAGCAGUAAGGACCAGUGUCCUCUCGACUAAAUGGAGGUACCUUUGGACUAAAUCUCUUUCUAACCUUACUUUUGAUGUUCCUAACAUAUUGGACAGAGAAGAGUACACGAGCAUUGACAUUCUUUACACAAGUGAAAUUCACAAACUCAUAAUCCCAUGGAAAAGAAAGCUCGCCUUUCUGAACUCUGUCGACCAGCUCUUAGCUGACCUUAGCCCGGAUCACAAGAUUGAAAAGUUGAAAGUGCACUUCACUUUUCACCGCAAUAAAUAUGGUACUCAUCUUGACCGGUGGAUCUGCUUCGCAAUCUUGAGAGGAGUAGAAGAGCUUGAUCUUUCUUUGUUAGAAAUCGAUUAUUACUUUUUUGUCCCUCUUAAGGGUAGCAUUUAUGAUUUUCCAUGUGAUCUUCUUCGUGAAGAUGGAAGUAUAGGCAAAAUCAAGUCAUUUCUAAAGUGCUUGAGAUUAGCACAUUGCAACUUGGCCCCAAGACAUACUAAUCUUAUCGGUUUCAACACCCUCACAACCCUUGAUCUGAAAUGGGUAGAUCUCACAUCCAACGAAUGUGUGUGCAAUCUCCUAUCUAGUUGUCGUGCCCUCGAGUGGCUAAGUUUAGACAAAUGCUACGGUUUAGAUUAUUUGUGCGUUGCUCAUCCAUCGUGUGUUCGACUGAAGUAUCUGAAUGUGCAUGAUUGCAAAAGUUUGAGUGUCAUUGAAAUUAGUGGCAUCAACCUUGAGAAGUUUGAGUACAAGGGAUAUAAAAUAAGUUUCGUCUUCAGUGAGGUCUCACGGCUUAAAACUGUAUCUAUUCAUGCCAAUGAAGGUGUGGUUUGGGCUCUCUCUGCUCUUCCUCUUGAUCUUCCUCAGCUCGAGACUUUGUUGCUAUACGGUAGCUUUUACGCGGAGGCUGUGAUUGUGCCCAAGGAAUUUCCCACAUUUUCUAAUCUAAAACUAUUGUCAAUUGCUGAAAUACCCACAAAUGAAUGCGACCUCCUGUGGAUAGCUACUCUUCUCAAGGCAACUCCAUCACUACAACGACUAGAACUGCAUAUACACAGCAAUGACAAUAUGGAAGAACCAAGAGAAAUAAAGAGGUUGCCAAGGUGCCUCCAUGAUUAUCUCAAAGAAGUAGUGAUUACCGGAACAUGUGGCCAUUUUAGUGAAAUUGAGUUUGCGAUUUAUAUACUAAACAACGCGGCGGUGCUUGACAAGAUGAUGAUUGAUCCGCAUCCAAGAUACUAUACCGGGAAUGGGAAAUGGGAUGUCUUGCAUGCUUGUGACUCAUGGAAGAUCAUCGGAAGGAAGAGAGUCCUUGAGCAUCUUACAAAAGAAGCUUCAUCCCAGACGGUUUUAAUGAUUUUGUAAUUUUCUGUUUUUUUUUUUUUUUUAGUUCUGUGAUUUCUGUUAGAAACGCACAUACAUGCCUUCUUCUAAAUAAACAAUCUUCAAGGUUCAAAUGAGGCAUCCACUAUGUACCGUAUCUUUACAAUAACGAUAAU